AACGUCACAACAUCACAGCGAAUCGCUUGAUUUGAUUGUCUCGCAAAUAUUGAAAAUCACUAUUCACUUCAUUCAGCGAAUUUGUGGUUAUCGGACUGCUCUAGAUAGAUUUGAUAAGAGAUAAUAAAUUGCUAUAACUUUGAAUUAAUAAUUUUAAAUAAAAACUAGACAUGGGUGUUGACUUUUUCGGUUUUGCGUACGCCGCUACUGUUGCCGCUGGCGGUAUUAUGGGUUACGCGAAGGCAGGAUCCAUUCCGUCUCUUGGUGCAGGCCUCAUCUUCGGUUCCAUCUUAGGUAUUGGCGCAUAUCAAAUCAGCAGGGACCCCUCUAACUACCAGCUGAUGCUUGGAACCACCACCGUCUUGGGAGGUAUUAUGGGAUACAGAUUCUACAACAGCAGAAAGUUCAUGCCAGCGGGCAUAGUGUUCGUACUGUCAGUAGGGAUGCUCGCCAAGAUACUCACCAAGCAUGUCGGCUCGUCGCCAGUACCCAUCAAAUCUGGUUAAAUUGAACUGUCGCCAUCUUUGCCAUACUGUAACUUUGCCCAGUGAUUUAAACUAAUUUAUGUGCUAAUUAACGCUUUUAAAGUAUGAUUUUGAAGUUUAGAACAAUGUUUUCCUGUUAAAUGUGUUCACGAGGUUUUUUCAAAGUGGGCAAAGUUGACAUAAAGUCGGUAUGGUAGAUUUGAGAAAGUAAAAAUUAUUUUGAAACUAAGCACAAGAUCAAAUUUAAUAACCAAUCAGAUUUUCUGACUUUUGUAAAUGUUAUAAUGUAAUAUUAUUACUAUAAUUAGUUUACUGUAGCAUAAUUGGGACAUAUUAUUGAACUUAUGUAGAUUAAGUUAAACAUUAAUUAAGUGAUAGUUGCACACUAUCAGUUUUUUUUUGUUGUUUGACCCUAAAGUUGUAUGUCUUAGUCCAUUCCAAUUCCAACGGUAAUAGAGUUGGACAACGCUAAGUGGGCAGCGAUUUUGAUAGACUGUGCAAGUGUUACUUUAAACGUCAAACGUUUAUGAAAUUAUGAUGUUUAAAUAACCCUUGCACAGUCUGAGCUAUUAAGACUAGCUUGGUCUACCUCUAUUAAAAUCGUCCCAUUGGUGAAACUUAGGCUGGUCCAAAACGUAUAUUUUUAUUUUUGUCACUAUGCUGUUAUAUUCUGUGGUUUUGACAUCUUAAUUAUACUGUAUGGUUUAUUUAUGACAUUAUUUUUAGGUGAUCCAGAAGAAGCCUGAUGUUUUUUUAUAUCUCGAAAUGAGGCAAAUAAAGGUGUUGGGACUGAAAA